UUAAUGUCACAAACACAUUGUGCAAAUCAAGCAGGCUCGUUGUGGGGUUUUGUCAUACAGUAUGUGAAUGAACCGCAUUUCAAGGCGAUAUACCUUUAAGAAAAAAAGGGAACUAAGGAAAUUUUCAUUUCCUUCUCUGUUCUUAAUAAAAGCUACACGCGGUAUUAGAAGAGAAAUAUUGCAGUAUUUAUAUUAACUCGGAUUAAGUUUUUCAACCUUGAGUUUUAAUUUACUUCAAACGUAACUGCUACGUUGCAGCGUGUGCGUGCGACGUUCAUCGUGUUCUCAUAGGAUCGGUAGUAAGCAUCGCGGCCACCAGAUGGCAGCAGUGAUCACCGACGAUGACGUGUACAGCGAGGCCGAAAUGAACGGCGCGCCCCCUGCUGGUAGAGAGAACGAGCUGCAGUUACCCGGACAUGAAGGAAACAUACAGGGACAGUUAGCACAAAACGUGGAGGAGUUUCUCGGCCCACAUCCUGACUACGAUGAGGAGGAGGAGGAGCGCAAGUACUACAGACGAAAGAGGCUUGGUGUAUUGAAGAAUGUGGUGGGGGCCAGUUGCGGAGGAAUGAUCAUUUACAGUGUUUACAUGGGUCUGUUGCAGAUGCAGUUGAUUCUGCAUUAUGAUGAGACCUACAGAGAGGUGAAGUAUGGUACGUUGGGGCUGGAGGAUAUCGAUAAUAAAAUGCUUAUGGGAAUCAAUGUCACACCUAUCGCCGGCCUGCUUUACACACCUGUACUUAUCAGAUUUCUGGGUACAAAAUGGAUGAUGUUCCUUGCAUCCGGAAUCUACGCACUCUUUGUUUCAACUAAUUACUGGGAGAGAUACUACACUUUGGUACCGUCCGCUGUGGCCAUUGGUUUCGUCAUAGUUCCGCUGUGGGCAUCCUUAGGAAACUACAUCACUAGAAUGGCUCACCAGUACUAUGAGUAUGUGAACUAUAAGGAGGAACAUGUCCAGGAGCAGAAGAAGCCCCCCAAAGGAGCCUUCCAUACUUAUAUUAUCGUUUUCCAUUCUGUCUUCUACAUCUUCUUUCAUCUGAGUUUCGUGUUUGCCGAGUUCCCCAUGAUUCUGUUUCUCAAUAACUAUCUGAGUGAAUACCCACACACACUCUCCAAAGUCACACAGUGUGGAGCCGACGGGAAGGGGGUGAUACAGAAUUUUAAUAAGACCGUAUUGCACAGUCUGCCUCGCUCUCUGCUGCUCAUCGAGGUGGAGAGUGUUCUCAUGGGAGCAGCCUUCCUCGCCAUGAUCAUCUUCCUCGCGUUGUGCGGAGCUGCGUACCGGCCCACAGAGGAGAUCGACCUGCGUAGCAUCGGCUGGGGAAACAUCUUUCAGUUGCCCUUCAAGCACUUACGAGACUACCGCAUCCGUCUGCUCUGCCCGUUCUUCGUCUACUCCGGCUUCGAGGUGCUCUUUGCCGUCAAGGGUCUCAUUCUGUCAUAUGGCGUGUGUGUUGUGGGAAUGGAGAAGCUGUGGUUGUUAGUUAUGGUGUAUGGUUUGUCAUCCUCCAUCUGUUCGGCCUUGGCCCUGACCAUGCUGCGCUUGCCCAGGCCUGUUAUUCUCCUGUCUGGGGCCUUCGUGCACUUCUUCCUUCUAAUAGCCCUUAUGUGCUGGUCGCCCCAGCCUAAACACCCUGAAUAUCUUCCAUACCUGCUGGUGCUCUCUGCCCUCUGGGGUCUGGGCACGGCUCUUAACAAGACAGGAGUGAGCACUCUGCUGGGGAUGCUCUAUGAGGAUAAAGAGCGACUAGACUUCAUUUAUACGAUCUAUCACUGGUGGCAGGCCAUUGCCAUCUUCAUCGUCUACCUGUGGUCUGCUAUGCCCAUGAGGGCCAAACUUGGAAUCCUGCUGUUGGCUCUAAUGGUGGCGUCUUUCUGCUACGUGCAGUUGGAGCGUCGCUUAGCGUCAAAAAUUGCGUUCAGGUUGCCAAAGAUUCCUCGGCCACGACAUAAGGUCAAAGGUUACCGAUACCUCGAGGAAGAAAACUCAGACGAAUCCGACACAGAUCUGAGCGAUGCCGAUGAUGACGAGAGAGAAGAGGAGGAGCGAAAUUUGGUCAAGGAGGACAGGAACACAGAUGCAGACUCCCAGGGUUCACCAGGACCAGAGAGGACCGGGAUUAGAGAUCGCAGGAGGAGAAACGACAACGCUGCCUACGAGCAGGCGGGAGAGAGAGAGGAUUACAUCCAGCACAUGAGGGAAUAGAAAAAGGGAGGUGAAAAGAUGCGGAAGGAGUCGGGAAAACAGUGAAAUACUGUGAAGAGCCAGAUUUGAAUGUGUAGCGUUGGCAUUUUAAAAAACAUAUUUAAAUGUGUUCUCUUUACUUUGGAAAGGGAAAAAUGUGGGCCCCCUAUGAAAACGAAGGUCAGUAAAUAGUCAAAUGGUUUCAAAAUUGUAGAAGUGAUACAAGCAUUUCAUUGAAUGGGAAUUGAAGGAGGAAAUUGCAGUACCUUGGAAGGUCAGGUGGUUUGUUGCCAUAGAAAUGUAAUACUGUCUGUUUUGAACUAUUGGUCAAGGUAAUGCUUGAGUUUCUAUAUUACCGUAAGUCAUACUUUUACUCUAAAAUGUACUACUUAACUUGUUUCAAAUCAAACUAAAAUAACCAUUUCAGUUUAAUUUUUGUAACCUGCAUAUCUUCCGCGGGGUCUCAGGAGAGCUGCAAUGAAGGGUACACCCUGGAUAGAUGGCCAGUCCAUCACAGGGAUUUAAUUUUUGUGUUUGUUUAUGAUUAGCUUAUGAAACUGAUUUUGUAAGAAAUUUGACAGAGAGAUGUUUUAUAAAUCAAAAUGUUGUUUUACAAGUGUUUUAUAUUGUUAAUAUAGCUAUGGCUUAAUGGCUUUGUUUGUCACAAUGUGCUGCCUCGAGUGCCUUGUUGCUUUUAUAAUAGUUAUUUUUAAUAAAAACAUUUG